UGCUCGUAUAAUUUAUUUUGCGUCGUAAAAUCGAAAAGCGCAACAACAUUAGAAUGUGAAAAGGGCCAAGCUCAACUCAGUGAUCAGUUAUUAACAAGAUAAUUAAAGAGCAUAGUUUUCCCAGCGUCUUUGAAUCCACCCUUUCCAACUGGCUCCCUGACCUCCGGUGAAGGACGUCUAGCUGUCACCAUGCUACCCCGGGUCAUCAGUAGUGGGGUCACUGUUCACCGCAUCAGCAAGAACAUCACCUUCUACCUAAACGAGACGGCUGCCCUUGAACCUACCGGAAUUCCAGCCCCUGUCAAAGCUAAACCUCUCCUUCUGAUGCUGCCGUGGUUGGGGUCUCAACCCCAUGCUGUGGCCAAGUACUGUGACAUCUACUUCCGCACUGGCUUUGAUGUGCUGGUUGUGGAGAGUGAGGUGAGUCUGUUCCUGUGGCCUCGAUGGGGGCUGGACUAUGGAGCACGGGUGCUAGACGUGCUUCAAAGUGAGCAGUUUGUUUCACGCCCCCUGCUCGUGCAUGCCUUUUCCAUAGGCGCUUACACAUUUACCCAGCUGCUGGUGCACGUGUCCCAGGACACGCUAAAGUAUCAGGAACUCACCCAGAGGAUUAGGGGCCACAUCUACGACAGCCUGGUGAUGGGCUCUCUGGAGAGAAUGGCGAUUGGCCUAGGUAAGAACAUAUUCCCUCGCUUCGAGUACCUAGUGAAACACGGCAGUAUGCUUUACUUUUGGGCCUUCAAACAGCACACGGUAGCAUACUUCAACAAAAGCAUUGACAUAUUCUGGAACAAUCCGGUCACCGCGCCAGCCCUGUUCUACUUCUGUGAGAACGAUGUGCUGUGCGACCCGCGGGGAAUGGAAGAGAUCAGUGCCUUCUGGAGGAAACGAGGAAUGAGUGUCACAGAGAAGAAAUGGGAGGAUUCGACACAUGCAGGCCACCUUCGGCGACACCCCAAGGAGUACUUGUCCACCCUGGAGAAAUUCCUCCAGUUUCUUAGUUUGGCUCCACUGAGGGCCAAGAUGUAACAGAAGGGCACAGGACUCCAAAGAAACCUCUUUUGAGCGACAAAGUGUUACAGUGGACCUCCAAAUAUAAACCAAAAGUUUGACCUGGAAAACAUCUGCAAUACUGACUGUUUUGUAAAUGACGUCACGUUUGCCUUACAUGUUUCAUACAUAAUUAAAAUGUAACGUAAUUAA